GGUCGCAUCCCCCUCCACCAAACCACAAAAUCCAUCCCCUUCCUCCUCCGUCCUCCCUGACCUUGGAGAAAGCCCACCCCUAAAUCGUACACCCGCCCGCUCGAAUCUCGGCGCGCCAUGGCCUCCUCCCGGAACCCCGACGCCCCGGCGGCGCCGGCGCCGGCUCCGGCGCCCGCGGCAGAGCCGCCGGAGGCUCAGGCCCCAAACCCUAGCAUUCCUCUGGGCGACCCGCCGUCGCCGGAGAUGGAGGCCACGGCGGAGGCGCUCACGCGGGAGGAGGUACUGCGCCGCCGUCUCCGCCGCGCCGCGCGGCUCGCCGGUGUGUACCGCCGGCUCUACUGGGCCAUGGCUGAGGAGGUGCGCGCGCGGCACCGUCAGUACGUCUGGGACCUCGGCCGGAGCCCGCUCGAGGCCAAGGAGCCUCCGCCUCCUGCCAGCGCCUUCCCCGGUGCUGGCGAGGCGCCGAGGCCGGCCGCGGUGCCGAGGAGGAAGAAGUGCGGGUUCACAGGGUGCAAGGUGCGGGCCAUGGCCAUGACCAGGUUCUGCCACUCCCACAUCCUCUCCGAUCCCAACCAGGCACUCUACAAGCCCUGCGCCUACGUCAUCAAGAGUGGGGUACAGACUGGGCAAGUCACCUGUGGCAGGCCCAUCAUAAAAUCUGCAGCUCCCUCCCUCUGCAAUAUCCACAUGCAAAGAAGUCAGAAGAACAUUGCACAAGCUUAUAGGAAGGUUGGCUUUAGCCCACCCUCUACAGGCAAGAUCACCCCAAGGUUCAGUGUUUUGGUUGCUGAAUGUGUACGUCAGAUCCAAGACAAAAGGAGACAGUCACUGAAUGCUGCAGCACGACAGAAAUGUCCUAAAGAUGAAAAAGUUGACUGAGCCAUACCUUGAUAUCUAUCGGUGUGAUUGCAUGCCCCUCAGCCAGGUCCAGUGGAUGCAACCAUACCGUGUUUAUCAGUUGUUUGGUUGCCUGGGGCGUACGCCACGGCCAGGAUGAGCUCAUGCAAAUUUGCCCCCUGCAGCCUGGCCUGACGGAAACUCAAGGGGCGGGAUUUGUUGCUCAACCAGGCUCCACUCGUGCAGUCGCGGGUGCACGAUUCGAGUCGGUCCACCACCCCGUACCUCCUUCGCUGUGCCUGUACAGAGAUAGAUGCCUGGACGUGGCCUCCCUUGGCGGCUCCCGGCAUGCGGCCGGGAAAUGUUGCCACCAACGUCCGGCGAGGUCCAUCCGGCGUGGAUAUCCUGGCCAGGACGUUUACAACCGAUAGCCUACAGAUCCAAGGCAUGCUUGUUCUUUCUUCUUUGUUCAUUCUGAUCAGCGUUGGAAAUUGUGUUUUCUUUUUUUUUUCCUUUUUGAGAUUUUUUGUGCAGAUGGUGUCAUCGGUACUUACAUGUACUAAUGAAAUUUGUGGUCAUGAGUCUGACAUUUUAGAACAAUCUCUGAUGUGGAUAGUCCUCAAAUUUGAUACGAAAGCACACCAUCGAUGUGGUAUUGAAUUUC